AUGCAGUACGUUCGGAGCCUGAGCGGCUCUGUGUCCAAGACAUGGAACUCCAUCAAUCCGGCUACCCUGAGCGGAGCCAUUGACGUGAUAGUCAUUGAGCAUGAAGAUGGAACGCUCGCCUGCUCUCCAUUCCAUGUCCGCUUUGGCAAGUUUUCGCUGCUCCGUCCCUACGAGAAGAAGGUCGAGUUCCGCGUCAAUGGCGUCAAGCAAGAUUUUUCCAUGAAGCUGGGCGAAGGCGGAGAAGCAUUCUUCGUCUUCGAGACCACGGAUGAUGUCCCAGCAUCACUGCAGACAUCGCCUUUGGUCUCUCCUAGUGGUAGUCCGAAGCCAUCUGCUGGCGCUGGAGCAGAUGCUUCCUCGCUUCAGGAACCCGAUGAUCUGGAUCUCGACAAAACAAAUCACACUGUUGCUAAGAAUGACUCGAAAAAUUCGUCGGGAGUUCCGAUCCGUUCACCGGAGCAGCGAGCGUCGAGUGAUCUAGGAACAAUCACGCCUCUGUCACAGUCUCCUAGUGACUCCGCGACGAACCGGUCUCGUGUCGGCUCCUUUGACGGCAAUGCCCAUCCUGGCAAGUUAGAUCGUUCCGCUUCCGAAGGAGUGCUUCCGACCACCACAAAGUCUAUGGGUAUGGCAGGAAGUAAAGAUCACAGCCCACAGGGCUCGCCGCGGAGAUCGGCAACAAGCAAAGAGGAUGUUAAUCAGAACCGCCGGUCGCUGAGCCCUCCUCCGGUCUCUCCGGAAGAGGCUGUCUCCCGUGCCAUUGCUCUCUCGAAGAAACUCUCGGGAUCGAACAUUCCAUCGCAUGUGACAGAGACCGGUGACCUCAUGCUCGACAUGACGGGCUUCAAAAGCAGCGAGGAGGACGCUCUUCGCGCCGAACUCAUCGCACGGAAGGUGCUGGCAGAAGAGUUGGAAGGCAACUAUGACAUUGGCGCGUUAAUUGGGGCAGAUGAUCAGGGCAACCUGUGGAUUUAUAGCAGUGAGGAGGCAAAGGAAGCAGCCAGGCGUCGAAAUGCACUUGGAUCCAUGAAAUCGGGUUCAUCAGGAGCCAGUGAGGAUGCUGUUUCGGACCCGGGCUACCAUAGUGAGGGUGAGAAGAAGAGCGCUCCAGCAUCGACAGUGUCGACACGGCACCACCGUGCGCAAUCGGACGUCCAAGCUGGAUUUCCGACUCCUCCUCGGACGCCAACGCAGGAUUCUUCAGCUGGAGAGCCCAACCGCAACUAUGCCAAGACACUGCGACUAACGAGCGAUCAACUCAAGUCGCUAAAUUUAAAGCCCGGUCCCAAUCCGGUGACAUUCAGUGUCAACAAAGCAACCUGCCCGGCGACCAUGUAUCUGUGGAGCUGGAAGACACCUAUUGUCAUUUCGGAUAUCGAUGGUACUAUCACGAAAUCCGACGCUCUGGGCCACGUGCUGAACAUGAUCGGGCGUGACUGGACUCAUCAAGGUGUCGCCAAGCUCUUUACGGAUAUCGUGAACAACGGAUACAACAUUAUGUAUCUUACUAGCCGCUCCACGGGUCAAGCAGACUCGACGCGGGCUUACCUUAAUGGUGUCCUGCAGGACGGUUACAGACUGCCAAAAGGACCGGUCAUUAUGAGUCCCGACCGGACCAUAGCAGCUCUCCGGCGCGAAAUUUACCUGCGGAAGCCAGAGGUGUUCAAAAUGGCAUGCCUUCGCGAUCUCCUCAGCCUCUUCCCGCCCAACCAUAACCCAUUCUAUGCCGGGUUUGGGAAUCGUUUCACCGACGCCCUGAGUUAUCGAUCUGUCAACAUUCCCUCAUCCAGGAUUUUUACUAUUAACUCCAAUGCUGAGGUAUCGUUGGACCUCCUCAGCUUAAACAAGUAUAAGAGCAGCUAUGUCUCGAUGAGGGAGUUGGUUGAUCAUUUCUUCCCUCCUGUCAGCCUCCUCGUUCAAGGAGGAGGGGAGGAGUUUACGGAUUUCACUUAUUGGCGAGAUCCACCCCCCAAUCUGGACGAAUUCUCGGUCACCGACAGCGAGGCUGAAGAUGAAGAGAAUGAUGACGAAGAAGAUGAAAGUGAUCAUAUGUAUAGCGAUGACGAGGAUAGCGAUAUUGGCGAUGAUGAAGAGCAUGGUGAUGGCCUUGCAGGCAGCUACUUCUCACGAGAUUCCAUUGACAACACCGAUAUGGUGAACUCUGUCGUCGACUCGGUCGCAGAGAGUCAACUCUCCGACGGCGAAGUGGACGUUACAGAGGAUGAAGAUGACGAAUAUGACGGCGGUCGUGUCACGUCCUCGUCCAAGCGCAGGUGA